CUUAAUUAAAUAGUAAUAACAAUGGAUAUCAUGAAUAACAAUCAACCACGUAUCACUUAAUUACUUCUCAAAAUUAGUUUGUCUACUAAAUAAAUAAAAACAAAUCCAUUUGUUCUUGUAAAUAACACAAAAAUAAAAAACCUAAAAAUAAAUUCACUUGGGUUCAGUGGUGGCGACUAUCUUGUCGAGGAUCUUGGGUCGUCCCCAUGUCUACACUAUGCACCUGGGCCCCAUCAUCACUAGACUUGCCGCGUACUUUGGAGUGGAUCUCACUCACUACAUGGAGGAGGGUCGGACCGAGAUCUUUCCGGUGAAGACACUCCACCAUAUGAGGUUGGUUCGAGUCGAGCGAGGCAUCGUGUACAUCGAUGGCCUACGACCUUCUUCCUUAUUCCGACCCGUGGUGGAGGAGGCACCAGAGCCAGAGCCAUAUCGGAGAGCACCACCACCAUCUUGUCGAGUUGUCGUCGUGUCUAUCACGGGGCCUCUUCAUCAUUAGCUGGAGCGGAUCAUCUUCUUUUUCAGCCGGCUUAGAAGCACGAGUCACUACCCUUGAGGGCCAGUUUGCCGAGGUAUCUUCCCAGCUCGCUCGGGAGCGAGACACCCGACGACAUUACCACUACUUAGUGGAGGAGCUUGCCCGUGUUCAGAGCAUUAAGGUUCGACAUCCUGGGUGGCAUCCCUCAUCUUCUCGCCGCCAGAAGUAGACAUCACUUGUGCCAUGUUGGCACCAUCGCACCUCCACCUCUUUUCUCCACCCUUUGACUCUAGAGUCUAGACUCUUUAUUUUCUCUUUCUGUGUGUGACUAUUAUUGUGUUGUUUUUCUUUAGUGUGAUGUUGAAUAAUGUUAUUGUCUAAUAACCUCGCCUUGUGCGAGUAUAUGUUUGUGUUUGUAUCCCUGUGAAGCUCUCUCCCCCUCUCGGAACUGGUCCAUCUCCAGUCCGACUUUCACUCACCAAUUGUAUGUGGUAACUUCUUUCCACCCUUCUUUAUGCACCAUUGAGAACAAUAUUGUGCUUAAGUAUGAGGGGGUGUAUAUGUAGGGUGAUUGGUGCGUGAAUAAUGAGUGUGAAUGGCCUAUUUGAAUGUGUUGGAGCCUUGUGAUUGCCAAAUUCCUACAAUCUGAGGGCUCCAACCUAUUGUGCUUGAAUGAAUGGUUUUGGCCAAUAUUGAGAUGUGCUUUGGAACCUAGAUUAUUGCUUUGCAUUGAAGAUUUUAGGGGUUGCAAUCACAAUUGUCCCUAGCAUGAUCUUACUCAGUGUGCUUAGAAUUGUUUGAUGAUUAUUAUGGUGUGAACUAUAGGGAAUAGUGAGGUGCCACGAGAAUCCGUGAUUAUAAGUGGCUUUACUUCGAUUUCCUCUCAGUUGGGUCAAUAAUGUUUACUAUUGACGUUAUGACAUGUAUGUGGGAUUUCCUAAGUAAGACUCCAAAAUGUUUUGCUAAAGGUGCUCCACUUUUUUUAAAGAAAAAUUGAGGUUCUCAUGUGAGAGGCAACCAGGCAUAGUAUUUGACUUGAGUCGUCAAAGGGCACUUCUCUUAGUCCAGAGUGCCAUUGAGGAUGUGUCUGGGGUUCAUAUAGCUUUCUAGUGUCCCGAUCAUCUUUCACUACCUUCCAUCCCCCAAACACCUUUCCUCCUCAUGGUCUCAUAUGGUAAGAGACAAAAUCUCUUUUAGCGAGUCACAAGACCUCGACUCUUGUUUGCACCAUGCAUGUGUGGUUGCCCGUCUGUUGUUGAGACCAGGAAGUGCAGGUUGGGAAGUGGUGUUGUGAAAUGAAUCUGACCAUAAUGUUGCCCACAUGGGGCCUUAAUAGAGAAGGCAAUGUUCCUUUCGCUCUUGGUCACAAGGGAGAUAUGUCUUGAUUUGCAAAAUUGCAAAGUGAUGUCGUGCAUGGCAAGUUUAAGUUGAGACUCAAAAAAUUGAGUCAUCUUUGAAAAGUGGGACCACCACCAUGGAGUCCUUGAAUUUUCAAUGUUUUCUAUAAGUCCCCCAGUGCACACGUGGAGUGCCUAAACCUCCUCAGUUGACUUGGUCUUUAACCGAGGGUGUGCAUGACAUGAAGAGAUGGAAGUAAAGUUUACCUGACUGAGAUUAUUCUCGAGGCACCACCGAUGAUUGAUAGUGCAUACCAUUGUUUUUGUCCUACAAGUUGUACUUGUUUGAGUAGGGUUGCUUGGGGACUAGCAAAUGUUCAAGUUGGGGGGGGGUGAUUUGGGUUAGAUUACACACUUUUACACACAUUUACUUGUGACGUUUGAUGUGUUUGCACCGUCUUUGAAGCUAGUUUACGCAGGGUUUGUUCGUGUUUUGUCAUGUUGCAGACCUAAGCAGGUAAGCUUGGCACUGGGAUUGAAAUUCGAACGAAAGAGUGCGAAAAGGGGAGGGUCGAAAGUGCAGAGAUUACGGUUUUGGAGCAUUUGUAACGAAUGCAUACCGUGAAGUGAGCAACACAACCGUGAAGCUGGCAAGGUUCCACGAGGAUUUGUAUGGCUCGCGAGCAGUGUCAAGAUUAUGAUCGCAAAUCGUGAUUUCAACAAGCGACCCGUGAAGUUUGUAAGUGAAAUGACGCAUUUGGCGUUGAUAUCACAGUUCUCCUUUCGACUUCACGGGCGUGAUGUCAGAACGUGAUUUGCGCACUAGGGAACUAUAUAAGGGAUAGCUAGCUGAAUUCAAAAGGGGAGUCUUAGAGAGUGAUUAGAGCUUCUUCUUCAAGGUUUAGAGAGAAAGAGAGCUACGAGCUACAGAAGAAGAAGGAGAAUUCCACCUACCCAAGGCUAGAGGAAGGUUGAUUUCUAAUCCAAAGGUUGAAUCAAACAUCUAAGAAGAAGGAAGAUCAUCUUGCUAUGGAUUUUUCUUUUCUCUUAUUUAUAUUUUCACAUCUAGCUAUGGAGUAGUCUCGAAUUUCACUUGGAUGUUGUGAACCCUAGUCUAGGAUGUGUUAGAUUGUAGGAAUUGAAUUCUAUGUGUUUUGGGUUUGUGAUUAAUAUAAUGUUUGAGGUAUUAUUUAUGGAAUUUGGGCGUUGAUUGUUCAUAACUCAAUUUUGGGACUAGUUGACCUAGAAGGAGAAAAUCCCCUUAUAGCCCAAUCUUGGCAAUUUAGGUAACCUACUCUAGAGUAAUUUGGGCCAUCCCUCAUUCAUCGAAUUAGUGUCAUGAUAUCGUCUUGAUUGGUUGCUUUUCGUCGUGCCAUAUUACUUUCUGAGGGAGUGAUUUUGUAUAUUGAGAGGCUUGGGGUUUCCCUAGCUCAUCGUGAUCUCCAACCAACAUAUGAUCCUAACUAUCAUACUAGAGUUUUAUUCAUUGUAUCUUGACAUAAGACUAGGGGAAGCAAUAUUCGAGUGAUUCUUUCUCAAUUGAACUCACCCUAGUUUACUUGCUUGUUUAAUUUGUUUAGUCUUUUUAGCUUUAACUACCAUCUGAUCGCUACAUAAUGUGUGAACUAUUGAAGUAAGGGUAGAUAGACUUCUCAGGUUGAUAUUUAUAUACUUACCCUAUCCUACACUCUAUAUAGGUUGCACUUGGCCUACAGUUGGGAUUAAGUAUAGUGAUAGCCCGAGUCACACGUAAGCUGUAGUCAAAUGAUCUUCUCCUAAUGUUAGGCCCUAAGCUAAGCUAGUUGACUAAAAUUCAAAAUUUAGAUGGAUCACCAUACCCACUUAAUUGACUCAUUGUGAGUCUUUUUUUCAUUAGAUUACUUAAAUUGAGUAAAACAUUGAUACCAGG